UUAUCUCUUUCUCAAAAAGAAAAAAAGUUACUUGAGUUCUGUGCUGAAAACAAAUAAAAUUAGUUGUAGCAAUUACUUGAGUAUUUCUCACGUGUGUCUCUUAAAGCAACUGCAGUACAAGUUUAAUAAGCAAUGAGCAAUGAAUUCAAUUCCAUUUUGUUCAGUAUGAUGAUUUUUAAGCUGCAAAUAAUCGAAAGCAGCGUAAUUUGUUUUAUCGGGAAUUAUUGUUAGAGUCGUUAUCCGUGAGCUGGAAUGAUGGUUGCUUGUUCUCGAUCUUGAUCUUCGCUCUUCUUCAUCUGUAGUGAUGGACUUGGAAGAUCAAAAUUCAGCUCUUAAAUCGGCCCGACAUAAUGAAACAAUGGCCACCCCUCAAAGCAAGGUUGGAAGUAAUGGGUCUAGUACUCCUGUGGGUAAUAAUAGUAAUAAUAAUAAAUUGGAUGAUGUAAAAGGCAAAGGAAUUGAAAUUAACGGGCCAGUGGAUAAUUCAGCUCCACUGGUGAAAUCCACUCCAACAAGUAAAGGAUUCGGGUUGAAGAAAUGGAAAAGGAUUAAGCGAGGAGCGCACAAGGAUCAUGGGGAUAGUAGUAGUAUAAACAGUGAUAAGUUGUUGAAACGUGGUUUGGCGAAUUCGGUUGCUAAUUCAGCAAAACCUGUGCAUUUUUCCGCUGGAAGCAUCCAAAGAAGUGAUGGGUCUGUUUCAUCUACAAAUGCCGUAUUCAAGAGUCCAGGAGUUCUGGUCGAUGGAUUUGGUGUAAUUGGUGAUUUGACCUUCAAUGCCAUGUCGGAAUCAGAGAACAGCGAGGAUCGGAGUAGUAAGUCGUCUACUGCAGCUAGUGCCCCAAAGGCGAGGUACGAAGCACCUGUUGUCCUGGGUUAUUCGUCUGACGUGCAUCAGUUGAGAAGCUUGAGUGGGAAGAACUUGGGCACUUCAGCUCAGCAAGCUCAUCAGGGAAAGGGUCGGGCUGAAACAAGUAAAAAGCCUAGAGGACAAAGGGUUAAAAUCGAGAAGGAAAACUCUCAUUCCAGCAUGGAAUCUGACUCACAAAGUUCUAAUUUUCUUUUUAUGCAGGGUAGUGACUAUGUUACAAGUAAUGGUACAAAAUGUGAAAGGUCAAUGAUGUAUGAUGGAGAAUUCAGUGAUGAAACUCAGGAUAGAGAAAGACCAAUUGGUGAGGAACUUCACGCUGGUCGCGAAAGAGGAAAUGAUAGGGAGUCUGAAAAUGUGUCACAAGAAGAUCUAGUUGCUGAAUCGCCAUGGGAGGUUAAGGAAGAGAAGAGUGAGAAUCAAGGCUCGUUCACUGAUCACGAUCCUCUGAUGGAGUCUAUCUUCAACCUCCAGACUGCUCAGGGAGCGCUUGAAAGAGAACUUCAGAAAUUCAAAGAAAUCGGAAAAGAUGUUAUCUUUGGCCAUUCACUUGAGGAUGUUGGUAUACCUUCAGAUCUCCCUGGACCAAGCACAUCUGAGCAGUCACAGCACAGGGAUGGUGCUCGACAUUCUUUUAACUCCUUGGGGGCUGAAGUGGUUUGCCUAAAGCAGAAUAUAAUACUGUUGCAAAGCAAGCUUCAGAAGGCAGCAGACCGAGUUAAGUCCAAGGAAGCCAGAGUUACUGAACUGGAAGCCAUUCUAGGUAGUAGCUCAAAGAAGGAAGAAAAGACUAUUGAUACCAUGCACCAGAGUAGUAGAGACAUGGAAAGUGAGCUUGAGGGUCUUUUCAGACAGAAAAUUGAAGCUGAAGUUCAGUAUUUAGCAAUAUCAAGAACAGCCCAGAAGUUGAGAGCUGCAGCAGUUGAUCAAGCUACCCUCUUGGAAGAACAGAAGACCGUAGCUUCAGAACAAGCACAGAUGGUGCACAGGCUUGGAGAUGAAGAAGCAAAGGCUGCAAUGCUCAAGACACAAGCUGAGAAGUUGGAAAGUUACUGUAAAGAUAUAGCAACAACCGAUGAAAAGCUAAAGCUACAGAAGAAAGUCUACAAGUACAGUUCCUGUUUUUUGAUACAGUUGGUGCUGCUGGCUGUUGUCGUUGGACUGUUUCUGAUGCAAAUGUCACCUGAUUAUACUGAAAUUGUACCCACGUGAUGUUGAGAAGUUCUUUUCUUUUCUUUUUCUUGUAUUAUUAUCAACGUCGUGUGCAACGUUAGAUUAGUAUGUAGUAGAUGUUUAUAGAAAGCUUAAAUACCUUGUUUUCAUCUUCUCAAGUCUAUAGAAGAAGAUUCGUUGGUCCAUAAGUUGAGAUAUUGUUUCUAUAGAAGGGUGACAACCUAGAAAUUCUUUUGCUGGUA